GCCGCUAACGGUCCCGCGCCCCCCGCCCGGCGGCCAUGGGGGCGAUGGGGGCGGCGGAGCCGCUGCGCUCGGUGCUGUGGGUGAAGCGGCGGCGCUGCGCCGUUAGCCUGGAGCCCGGGCGGGCGCUGCUGCGCUGGUGGCGGAGCCCGGGGCCCGGAGCCGGCGCCCCCGGCGCGGACGCCUGCUCCGUGCCUGUGUCUGAAAUCAUCACUGUGGAGGAAGCCGACCCGCACAGGAAGCGCCACCCCAGCCGCCGAUGGCACAACAUGGAGAAGCCGUACGCUUUCACAGUCCACUGUGUGAAGAGGGCGCGGCAGCACCGCUGGAAGUGGGCGCAGGUGACGUUCUGGAGCGGGGACGAGCAGCUCUGCCUGCUGUGGCUGCAGACUCUCAGGGGCCUCCUGGAGAGGCUGACAUCUCGGCCGAAGCACCUGCUGGUCUUCAUCAACCCAUUUGGGGGGAAAGGACGAGGCAAGAGGAUAUAUGAGCGGAAGGUGGCCCCACUGUUCACGCUGGCCUCCAUCAGCACUGACGUCAUCGUCACUGAGCGUGCGAGCCAAGCCCAGGAAACGCUGUAUGACAUGAACUUGGACAAGUAUGACGGUGUGGUGUGUGUCGGCGGGGAUGGCAUGUUCAGCGAGGUGCUGCACGGCCUCAUCGGGAAGACCCAGCAGAGCGCUGGCAUCGACCAGGACCAGCCCUGGGCCGCGCUGGUGCCCGUCACCCUCAGGAUUGGCAUCAUCCCCGCCGGGUCCACGGACUGCGUGUGCUACUCCACUGUGGGCACAAAUGACGCCGAGACAUCCGCCCUGCACAUCGUCGUGGGGGACUCGCUGCCCAUGGACGUAUCCUCGGUCCACCACAACAGCACGCUGCUGCGGUACUCGGUGUCCCUGCUGGGCUACGGCUUCUACGGGGACAUCAUCAGGGACAGUGAGAGGAAGCGCUGGAUGGGUUUGAUCCGCUACGACUUCGCAGGCUUGAAGACCUUCCUAUCACACCACUGCUACGAAGGGACUGUGUCCUUCCUGCCAGCACGGCACACGGUGGGGUCCCCGCGGGACAGGCAGCCCUGCCGGGCAGGGUGCUUUGUGUGUCGGCAGAGUAAGCAGCAGCUGGAGGAAGAACAGAAGAAAGCGUUGUACGGGCUGGAGAACAUGGAGGACAUGGAGGAGUGGCAGGUGGUCGGUGGGAAGUUCCUGGCCAUCAAUGCUGCAAACAUGUGCUGUGCCUGCCCCCGGAGCCCCAGGGGCCUCUCCCCAGCCGCGCACGUGGGCGACGGCUCCUGUGACCUCAUCCUCAUCCGCAAGUGCUCCCGGCUCAACUUCCUGAGGUUCCUGGUCAGGCACACGAACCAGGGCGACCAGUUUGACUUCACAUUCGUUGAAGUUUACCGGGUCAAAAGAUUCCAGUUCACCUCGAAGCAUGCCGGCGAGGAGGAGGGCGGCCUCCAGGACAGGAGCCAGCAGCGGUUCGGGUCCCUGUGCAGUGAGAACCCUAGGUGUUGCAGGGAGGUCUCCCGCAGCUCCUGGAACUGCGAUGGGGAGGUCCUGCAUAGCCCUGCCAUCGAGGUGAGGGUCCACUGCCAGCUAGUCCGGCUGUUUGCACGCGGCAUUGAGGAGCGCCCCCAGCGAGCAGCACGCAGCUGAGAAGGUGCCACUUGCGACACGUGGAGG